UGUGCCGCAUUGUUUUCCUGUUUCUAUCGACGCGAGUAAAAUUUUUGUUUAAAUGCCAAAAAAACACAAUAACUAUAAAAUUUAAGAUCUAUUUCAUAAGAAACAAAAUUAAAACAAAUCAGAGCGUUAAACAAUAGGUGGUUAGGAUAUAAAGUUCGUUUGCCGAGUUAAAUGUAUUGAAAAGGUGAUGAAAGUGUGUUAAAAGCACCUGCUGAAAACCACUAAGUGAAAAUUCUUGAAAAUUCAUCGCUUGAAACCCAAAGCGGGCCAGAAAAUAUAUAAAAUGGAUUACCUAACGCAAUUUGGUGAAUUGAAGCAGCUUUUUGGAAAAUAAUUCACGACAAUCUUUGCACAGAUUUUAUUGAUUUUUCCUUUGUAAUUGGCCAGCCAAGAAAAGAGAGCGCAAUCUCAGUCCGCUCGCAGAUUUCAUUUUUUCUCUCCUAAAAAAAGCCGCUCUCUUUUUCCCCCUUUGUUUUGCUUAGCUUGUUCGCAAAUAAACAUUCAAAGAAGUUUAGAUUCCUUUAAGUUUCCUCAAAAAAUGCCAAAAUAAUUGAAUAAAAUCAGAAACAUAAGCAAGCCUCGAUGAUAAGUUGCACAUGAGUUAUCGAAAAAUAAGCGAGAUAUAGGGAAAGUACCGCCCUGAGAGCAACAAACUAAUCUCCCCGCUCCCUGCACCCCAACAUGCUGAAUAGCCGGAGCCCCCCUCAGUACAGGCAGCAUUCCCCGGGGGGCUCCGUCGGCUCCGUUGGUUCCGUGGGUUCCACCGGCUCCGGCAACUCCACCACUUCCGCGUCCCAGUUGCUUGGGCACUACCAGUCCGCCUACGGCCAGCAAGGACACUCGCACGCCUGCUACCAACACCAGUUGCAACAGCAACAUCAACAGCAGCAACAGCAACAGAAGCUGCAGCAACAUCAUCACCAUCACCACCACGGAGGACGCACCUCGCUGACACCCACCAUGAAGCGGGGCAAGAAGCAGUGGGGCACCAGGGAACGGUCGGGCAUGAGCUUCCUCAUCGUCAUCACAUUCUUCGCCGUCUUUGGAUUAAUCAUUCUGACAGAGGUCUUCAUGAUCGACGAGCGCACCCACAGCGGCAUGUUGGCGAUGCGGGCGGGCGGCGGGGGAGGGGCCAGCUUGGGCGGACGGAUGGGCGACUCGAUGCCGGAUUAUGAUAAUGUUAAGGAAGAUUAUGAUCUAUUGGAUGCCAGCAUUCUGAGUGAUAAUAAAUUAGGAUUUAUACAACUGCGGGACAAUAAACUGAAAAUUCAAGCAGAAGCCGCAGUCGCCGAUGGCCAGCGCUUGGCAGGAAUGCUCCUUAACGGGGGUGUAGGGGGCGGAGGUGGAGCAGGAGCCUUUGGCGUGAAUGUACCGCUCAUACCCUGGGGCCAGGUGCUGCCCGGCAAGGUGGAGGAGACCCUGCCCCACUUCCCAUUUGGCACGCGGCCCACCGACGGCGCCUGGCAGGUUGUCAACGGCACCCGCUUCAAGUUCUUUGUCUACUCCGCCUACUUCGAUCGGCGCGAAGGAGCGCGUCUGGUGCGGGUGGUGGGCGCCACGAAGACACGGGGUCCGGAGAGGGUCUGGUGUCGCUUCUGGUACGGACCGAGUCCUGCCAACGCCUCGGACACGGGCUCCUCCUCCUCGACACGUGCCAAAUACUCCUCGGCCACUGUGAUGGCUCGCGUCAAGAUCAUUCGUGAGAACUGGAAUCUCAAGUACAGCGCCUGUUUUAUCCUGUGUCCGGUGCGCACCCCUCCCCUGGCCGUUCCCCAUUUUGUGAGCGUGGUGUCCCGCCUGCGUGCUCCGCCGGGAAAUCUGCUGACCCUACGCAAUACCGACCAGGAUGCGGACUUUGCGGCGAAUCCAACGGGCAAUGCGAGUGCCAGGAGAGGAUCGCCGGUGGGCAAGGCUCCGCCGAGUGGCGAUAAUAUACCCGACCGCAUUGCCGUGUGCGUGAAACCCCUGCACUUCAACUACGAUCAGGCGCUUUAUCUGAUGGAGUACCUGGAGUUCUACGCUUUAUUGGGAGUCUCCCACUUCACCUUCUACAACCACACGCUGGGACCGCACGCCUCCUGCGUCCUGCAGAGCUAUCAGCAGGGCCUUGUCCCCGGAAAUCUUACUGCCCACGACCUGGAGCCACUGCAACCGGCGGAGGCGGCCAACAACGUCACGCCCCGCGUUCUCAAGUCCACGCACUACCAACGACCCACUGUCAGCAUCCUGCCGUGGAACCUGCGCAUGCGCAGCCAGAAGGAGAUCCGCACCGAAGGACUCUUUGCCGCACUGAACGACUGCCUCUACCGCACCAUGUAUCGCUACAAGUAUCUGGCCCUGGUUGACCUGGACGAGUUCAUUGUGCCGAGGUACUCGGACACGCUGAACGAGCUCAUCACGUCCCUAAAUCAGCGAUUUCGAAAUCGGAACACGGGGGCCUAUUCCUUCCAGAACGCCUUCUACUACCUUCAGUUUGCGGAUGACAGCCUGGCUAGUUCGGGAAUAGAGGGUGGCAAUGACCAGCUGGCCAGUGUCCGUGCUUCGUUGGUCACCCAACGCAAGACACGCAGGCGCUAUAAACUGCACCCUCAGAAGCAGCGAUCCAAGUACAUCUGCAAACCAGAGGCAGUGGUCGAGGCGGGCAAUCACUUUGUGUGGGAAUUUGCACCUGGGAAGGGAUCCCUCAAUGUGCCGCCCAAGGAGGCCAUUUUGCAGCACUAUCGGGUGUGUGAAUUCGGUGGCAACGAUUGUAUCAAGGCUCCAUCGAUAGUGGAUCGUACUACCACUAAAUACGUGAAUCGUCUGGUCCAGCGGGUGGAUGCUGUGUACCGCCAUCUGCGCCAGCGUUGCGAUCUUCCUGCUCUGCCCCCACUGCCCAAGAUCCAGGAUAGUCCCAAGGAGAAGCCCAAUGAAAAGACCAAGGAUAAGCUUAAGGAGAAUACCAAGGAGGAACCCAAGGAUAAUUCCAAAGAGAAGCCCAAGGAUAAACAAAAGGAGAAGCCUAAAUUGCUGCAGCAGAUGCGGGAUUCCCAAGCGAAGGACACACGGGAGCAGGGUGUUACAACGAAGGAGAACUUAAUCAAAGGAGUGGCUGCCACAGGUGCCACAACAACCACAACAACGAAAAGAGCGGCAACGAAGCAGCAGCAGAAACCCAUUCCACCAGUCAGCACCACAAUGAUCACCACGGCCAGGACUUCAUCAACCGCCAAGCAAUCGGAUCCUUCGGCCAGUGUCCGCAAGAAAAGGAAGCUAAUCGUAUUCGAACUCAAUGAUUUUGGGAUACCCGUGGCCCGGGUGGAGUAUCAAUGAGAUAGGGACUCCGUUUUGGUUGGCAACAUUUAGACGGCGCUUUGGUUCACUUUUGUGCCAAUUAGUUUGAGGAUUUAGUUUGGUUGUGUUCCAGCACGGUUGAUCAACUUCAUUGGCCAUUGUCAGAGUGCUCAACAAAUGAACUGACCUCUUCGAUUUAAGUACAUCUAUUUCUUUGCUCACCUUAGAAAUAAAAUAGAGCACGUAAAUCCAAAGCAAUACCACAUCAUCCAAGCAAAUAUGAUCUCAAAGUAAAAAUCAAGCUGAGUGCAAUAAGAAUCCAGUAUGAAAUACAUUUUUUGUUAAUUCUUAUCACAUUCAAUUUUUGUUUUAAGUUUAAGUAAACAAAAUAAUUUUGAAUAUUUUACAGUAGUCUAGAUUAUAUAUUUAUCCAAACGGUUAAUUUAUUUGAAACACUUCAAUAGGUCGGCUUAUUUAACUUUUCUACUGCACAAAAAUACUCAAACAACGCUAGAUAGAAGCAACUAAAAAAUGAUAAUCAAUUAUCACAUCUUAGUUUGUUUCGUUAAUUUGGAAAAUAAUUUCCUGAUUUUGGUAAUCCUAAUGCAAAAUUAUUCCUAAGCAAAAUUCAGAAAAUUCCUAAAGCGAAAUUCAUAUGUAAUCUAAGCCAUUGUUUCGUGUUGUAGACUAAGCAAUAAAAUAUACAAAAAUGAAAGCAAAGUAAAGGCAAGCAGAUAAUAAAUAUGUAUCGAUAUUUUCCCUGUAAACUGUUAGUGCAACAUUACCAUUUAGUAAGGGAAAAAGUCCUCCGAGGUACGCGCUUAGACUCUGAAUUAGUGGAUUAAUGAGAGCUUAGGGCAUAUCUGCUAGUUCUAAGGCUUGUGCUGGCAGCAAAAAAUUAAAAAUAAUUAGUUAAGGCUUACCACAAAACUGAAUCGAAUUUUCAAUGCUUCGAAGUUUAUAUCCUUUUUGUUUAGCUUAGCGCGCAAAAGGUAUAAAAUUAUAGUUAAGUAAGUUUCAUAAACGAAUGAUGAAAUAAUAAAUAAAUAAUUAGUCGGUCUAUAGCUAUUAAGUGGCUAUUUCAGAUACUUAUGAGAUCUAUUAAAAUACAAGAAGUCAAUAAAAUUGCGAAUAAGCAAACUAAGAUAGAAAA